AUGGCCAGCGGAUGUUUUGGCUUCAGGCUCGCCAGCGCAAGGAAGCGACAGCAGUGGCUGCAUGACCAGGGCAGCAAGCAGCCGGCGACCCGCCUCAACGUUCUGCAAAGUCGGAACACCAAAGCCCAAGACCGACAGCCGACUCCAGAUACCACCACCACCAUCACCACCACUCCUCCUCCUCCUCCUCCUCCUCCUCCUCCUCCUCCUCCUCCUCCUCCUCCUCCUCCUCCUCCUCCUCCUCCUCCUCCUCCUCCUACUACUACUACUACUACUACUACUACUACUACGACAAUGGCAGGCCGUGGGGCAGGCGCGUCGGGCGCGGCGCAGCGUCUGAUGAGUGAGAUGAAGGCUUUGCGAAAAGAAAAGUGGAUCAACUUUGAAGAGGAGGAUACGAGUAACAUCUUCAAGUGGCGCUUCGCGCUGAUGGUCAUCAACUCGGACAGUGUGUUUAAUGGCGGUUACUUCCGGGCCGAGAUGACUUUCCCCGAGGACUACCCGUACCAACCGCCAAAGUUCCGUUUCCUGAUCCCUAUCUUCCACCCCAACGUCUACCCGGACGGCCAGCUUUGUAUCUCGAUUCUGCACAAGCCCGGAGAGGACAUCAUGUCUGGCGAAGAGGCAAGCGAGCGCUGGUCGCCGCUGCAGGGUGCUGAGAGCGUACUGCGUUCUGUCCUCCUCCUGCUUGAUGACCCCGAAAUUAACUCUCCCGCAAAUGUUGAUGCCGGUGUCAUCUACCGCGACCGUCGCGAUGAAUACAAUCAGAGGGCACGCGAGAUUGUCGAACGCUCCCAGAAGGAUAUCCCAGAGGGCUUUGAGGUUCCCAAAACUUUCGAUUCCGCCCCUCCUCCGAAGCCUGAAACAGACGACGAUUUCUGGGCUGAGAGCGAUGAGGACUUCGACUUCGGUGGCAGCGAUAGUGACGAGGACCAGGACAUGGAAGACUAUGACGGCGACGGCGGUGACGGACAGGCUGACGGGUCCGAUGAGGAUGGGGAGGGCAUUGAAUCUGAUUAUCAGGAAGGCUCUAACUGA